AUGUAUUUAAAUAGGUUUUUAUUCUUACUCAUCUUGUUUACCGUUCUUCUUUACGAAUGCUUAUUUGUGGAGGCAGGGUAUAACCUAAACUGUUUAGCUGGAUUAGGAGAUUUUUUCGUCAAGGACAUUGCUAGAUGUAAAGAUGUGGCCUGUGUGCAAGAACGAUAUAAGAGGUUUAUCUCGGACACGAAGUUUUGCAGGAAAUAUGAAUAUAAGCUGUGUUACCAAGUACCAAACGAGCGAGUUGGUGAUACCUGUACAUCACAGGAUGGCCCUCAAUUCUUGAAUUUGCAAGACUGUGAAUCGAGUCCAGAUAACCGUGUAUAUAUAAAGAAAAAAUGCACACCUAUUGGCAAUAAUUGCCAUAGAAUAAUGUGUCUUUGA